CGACAGCUCAGAGUCGAAAUCAAAUGCUUGCAGGGGCGCAGCUACAAAUACAAUCAAAUAGCGGCAAUGUUCUCCCAAAUCAGCACCUUGCCAUUUGCACACUUCAUGCAUGUUCAGCAUUGGCUUCCAUGCGACUGAAAACUUAGCAUGUAUCUUUCUACAAGUGUCUCACAAGCGCUGGCUUACGUGCUUUCUUCCCACUAAACUUUGCUGUUGAGGAGGAUAUACCCGCUUCCUUCUCACCAUGCUAAACCAACUAAAUCAGCCAAGUAGACCGGGAAUCUACACGUUUUAUGUCUAUAACAAGCAGGGAAUAUGCAUCCACUACCGAGAAUGGACGCGACCACUGGUGACACUGAGCUCUCAAGAAGAUCAGAAGCUGAUGUUUGGCUUGCUCUUCUCCCUGAAAUCAUUCACUGCAAAAUUGGAUCCUAUCAACGGUGACAAUGCUGGUCAAGCAGGAAAGGGGUGCUCCUUUCAUAGUUUCAAAACCAACACUUACAAGCUCAGCUACUUCGAGACUGCUGCUGGUGUCAAGUUUGUCCUUGUGACUGAUCCAAGGAUGGGAGACCUGCGAGAAGCGCUGAGGAAUAUCUACAGCAAUAUCUAUGUUGAGUACGUCUCCAAGAAUCCCAUCUACACUCCGGGACAGCCUUUCCGGUGUGAGCUUUUUGAGUCAACACUUGAUGCCUACGUCAAAAGCCUCUGACAACAAGGUCCAUGAAAGGAGGCAAACGUCCUUCAGGCCUUUGAAGAAGGCCUUCCGGACGAACUUAGCAGAACCUUUGCGGAAAUGCAGGAAGGGUCAAUCACAGCUUUUGAAGCAUGCCUUUGUGCAUGUUACCUUCUUUCUUCUUUGCUUUAUGACGAACAAUCAAAGAGGAACGAUGGUCGAGGCUUUGCUAUCAAGGCUCUACAAGCGAUGCUAGACAUAUUGAAGAAUUUUGGUCUGAUCGCGUCCAAUGUACCAUGUUAUAGCCUCUAACGAAGCACAUCCAUGAAAGAAACUAGGACUUUAUGACUAAAAGGGCGCCGGUUACUUAGAGAGCUUCCGCUAUGACGAGAUAGGUCGCACCAUCCAAUGCUCCGGCCAUUUUGUUAUGUGCCCUUUUGCACGCUUACAUGAUCACCGAGAUCGAGCGGAGUUUCGAGAUUCUUUGGUUCGGGC